AUGUCCAACCAUCCCGUCAUCCUGAACGCUUCUUUCAACAAUUCAAGUCUGCAUUUCAGUUCAUCUGUGAAUGGCACCGAACCGCCACAUUUCGCGAUUUGGACCAUUGCUGCUCCAUUCAUAGCACUACUGACCAACAGCGCUGCUAUCAUCCUGAUGGUGUGCAACGAGAAACUACGGACCCCCUUCAACGUGUACAUCAUGGCACUGAUGCUGAGCAACAUCGCUUACGUCACCAUUGCCGGCAUACUGAGCCUAACCAACGCGCGAUACAUCUACCAGAACUGGACACUGGGUGUCGCCUUAUGUACGGUACGCAUAUAUACCGAUUACGCUGUCAGCGCCGUCACGGUGCAUCUCCACCUGCUGGUUAGUCUCAGCCGCGCCUGGGCUUUGUUCGGACCAAUGUCCUAUCGCAGCCACCACACCAGACGCUUGGCGGUGAUGUUCUGCGUAGGUAUGGUCCUUUAUGUGCACAUUCUGCUGCUGCCUGGGAUCAUCCUGGACGCUGUAUAUUACCGCCUCCCCGUGGAGAACGGCUGCUGGGUCAACAACUCCCGCCAGAUGGUGUGGUCGACAUUCACCACCGUGGUGGUAUUCGAUAUCCCCAAGCUCUUUAUUCCCGUAUGUUACCCAGUGCUGUUGUGGAAGACAUUGCAGAGGCGAAAAAUCGGGGCCACCUUGCGUGGUCAGAUGAACGAUAGAGCACCGACUGCACCGUCACCGUCGACAGCAUCAAAUGCCCGAGCAGAUAAUAUGGUUCGACGCGAGAGCGCUGCUUCACGGCCCUUCAUCGUUCUGACCUUAUUUACCGUUGGUAUUGUCGUCUGCUGGAUCCCCGGGCUCGUACUGUACCUUCUCGUGAACUUUAUUUCCCGGAAGGAUAUUUCCAUGUUUUAUACCGUAUCGGCCAUUCUGUAUUCACUGCAGGCGAUACUCGAUCCAGUCUUUUUCUGUCUGAGCGUCAAGGAUCUGCGAUCACGCUUGUGUUUAAUGGGGGGGCCGGUGUACGCGCUGCUGCGGUGCCGAGUUCAACUGACAUUACACGCAAUUACAUCAUUUUUUUAUCAAUGCUGGCCGUAG